AUGCAGAACGCAUCGGAACCUCAGUCCUCAGCACCCAACACUACAGAUAAGGAACUCUUGAACCAAGAGGUCAGCUUACCCCGUCCGCCUCAGCCUAUAGCCGCCAUCUCCAAAGCCCACCAGUUCAAAGCUCCAGCUCGCAAGGAUGCAGCGCACCUAGACAACAACUGGAGCGCGGCAUCGUGGCGCGGCCAUUCCAACAGGCAUGAGAUGCUGGCGCUACUACAAGAAGCCGGCGUCGAUAUUAGCAUCUUAAUAAACCAUGAUACUACGCGAGUCACCGACUUCAUUAUUGAACGUCGGAAGCAGCGCGAAGCCGAUGGAAUCAUUCCCCCGCAGACAGUGCGGUUGAGUAAGAUCGACAACACGAAGCCCUUUGGUGGAUGGGACGAGAAUGAUGAAACUAAGAAUGCCAAAGGGAAGAAAAGGGCGCGGCAAGGAACCGGAGGGCGACGUCUCGCAAGUGGAACUACAGAGGAUGAAGCGGAUGAUGAAGAAGAGAGCCAGAUCAGUCUAGCCACGACACGAUCGUAUCUCCUCGCUAUCAAAAAGCAAGCUUUGCUCAACAUCAACCACGAAAUCAUGGGAUUCUUGGAUGACCCGGAACAGUCGACAACCUCGCCCCCCUCCAGCCCCAUCAUUCACCCGCCACGGGGGGACACAAUCCUCAUCAUCGACAACGCGCCCUUGAUCUCUUAUAAAGCGCAAAUAGCUAUUCGCAAGAUACUGCACCACCGCGAGAACAUCCGAUACUGGGAUCGCCAGCACAAUGACUGCAACAAAGGUAAGGAUAAGGAGUACUUGCAGGAGCGGGAACUAUAUCAUGACUAUGCGCUUGAGGUGAUAUCGGAGGUGAUAUUGAGCAUGGGGAUGGGGGAUGGGAAGGCUGGGGAACUCCAUCAAGGUGUGGUGCGUUUGGUGAUGGAUAUCUUCUGUCUUGAGGUCAAAGACAAGCGCGAUGGUUAG